CGGGAACGGGAGGGCCUGGGCAGCCCGUCGUGUCCUGGACAAUGGGUGGCACCGUGCCACCCUCCUUCAGGGCCAGCCUUCCCAGGUCUAAGCUGCUUCCUCUGAGCCCGGUGCUGCAGAAAGUGCGAAAGAUCGAAAGGAGCGCGAGUGCAUCUCUAUCCACGUGGGCCAGGCGGGGGUCCAGAUCGGCAAUGCAUGCUGGGAGCUGUACUGCCUGGAGCAUGGGAUUCAGCCCGACGGGCAGAUGCCAAGCGACAAAACCAUCGGCGGUGGGGACGACUCGUUCAACACGUUCUUCAGCGAGACAGGGGCUGGCAAGCAUGUGCCCAGGGCAGUGUUUGUGGACCUGGAGCCCACUGUGGUCGAUGAAGUGCGCACAGGGACCUACAGGCAGCUCUUCCACCCGGAGCAGCUCAUCACCGGGAAGGAGGACGCGGCCAACAACUACGCCAGGGGCCACUACACCAUCGGCAAGGAGAUCGUGGACCUGGUCCUGGACCGGAUCCGCAAACUGGCUGACCUGUGCACGGGCCUCCAGGGCUUCCUCAUCUUCCACAGCUUCGGCGGUGGCACCGGCUCCGGCUUCGCCUCCCUGCUCAUGGAGCGGCUGUCGGUGGACUACGGCAAGAAGUCCAAGCUGGAGUUUGCCAUCUACCCGGCCCCCCAGGUGUCCACGGCCGUGGUGGAGCCCUACAACUCCAUCCUGACCACGCACACCACCCUGGAGCACUCGGACUGCGCCUUCAUGGUGGACAACGAGGCCAUCUACGACAUCUGCCGGCGCAACCUGGACAUCGAGCGGCCCACCUACACCAACCUCAACCGCCUCAUCGGGCAGAUCGUGUCCUCCAUCACGGCCUCGCUGCGCUUCGACGGGGCCCUCAACGUGGACCUGACCGAGUUCCAGACCAACCUGGUGCCCUACCCGCGCAUCCACUUCCCCCUGGCCACCUACGCGCCGGUCAUCUCGGCCGAGAAGGCCUACCACGAGCAGCUCUCGGUGGCCGAGAUCACCAACGCCUGCUUCGAGCCGGCCAACCAGAUGGUCAAGUGCGACCCUCGCCACGGCAAGUACAUGGCCUGCUGCAUGCUGUACCGGGGGGACGUGGUGCCCAAAGACGUCAACGCCGCCAUCGCCACCAUCAAGACCAAGCGCACCAUCCAGUUCGUGGACUGGUGCCCCACGGGCUUUAAGGUGGGCAUCAACUACCAGCCCCCCACCGUUGUCCCUGGGGGGGACCUGGCCAAGGUGCAGCGGGCCGUGUGCAUGCUGAGCAACACCACCGCCAUCGCUGAGGCCUGGGCCCGCCUGGACCACAAGUUCGACCUCAUGUAUGCCAAGCGCGCCUUUGUGCACUGGUACGUGGGCGAAGGCAUGGAGGAAGGGGAGUUCUCGGAGGCCCGGGAAGAUUUGGCAGCUCUGGAGAAGGAUUAUGAAGAGGUGGGCGUGGAUUCCGUGGAAGCAGAGGCCGAAGAAGGGGAGGAGUACUGAACGGGAGCAUGGGGCUGGCAGGCCCUCCCUUUGCUCUCAGAUCAAUCAUUAAAGUUUCUGUCUUAAAAA